AUGGCAAAUUCAAAAUAUGAAUACGUCCGCAAUUUUGAACGAGACGAGAACCUGCUUCCAAACACCUGGAUCGUGGUAAGAAUUGACGGGCGAGGGUUCCAUAAGCUUUCAAACUACUACAACUUCAGCAAACCCAAUGACACACGGGCCUUGAACCUGAUGAACCUCGCAGCCACGCAGGUCGUGACAUCCAUCCCCGAACUCGUCGUCGCCUACGGCGUCUCGGACGAAUACAGUUUCGUGUUCCAUAAGUCGACGACAUUGUUUGAAAGACGGAGCGCAAAGCUCGUCAGCACGGUCGUUAGUCUGUUCACGGCCGCGUAUGUGGUCCUUUGGAAUUCUGCCUUCGUGGACCAGGGUCAGAGUGAGAAUGAAGGUGCUGAGUUGCCGCGGUUGAGUCUGACGAUGCUCCCUACUUUCGAUGGGCGAGCGGUGUGUUAUCCUUCGUGGGAGAAUUUGAGAGAUUACCUGAGCUGGAGGCAGGUUGAUUGCCACAUUAACAACCUCUACAACACGACUUUCUGGGCCCUCGUCCAGCAGGGCAACAUGUCCCAUACGGCGGCCGAGGAGCACCUCAAGGGCACCGUCGCCAGUGAUAAGAAUGAGAUCCUCUGGACGCGAUUCGGUAUUAACUACAAUAAUGAGCCUGAAAUGUUUCGCAAAGGGAGUGUGGUCUACAGAGAAUACGCACUGGAGGCAUCCCCAGGCGAUGAUGGAGAAGGGAUCCUGGAAUGUGAAACAGGUGUGGAAAAUCCAAUGUCGAAAACACAAAUGGAGAAAAUGCGCAAGGCUCGGCAGAAGGCCAAGGUUGUUACGAAGCAUGUCGAUAUCAUCAAGGAUGAGUUUUGGAUCCAGAGACCGUGGAUCCGGGGCGGAAGGCCCGGGAGGCUCCUUGGUGACGGCGACAGUACAGAAACGAAAGGCAAGACGAGAAAUCUCGACUGA